UUCCUUAAAAUCCACCCUAAAGUUGUAAUGGUCUCCCCCCUACGCUCGAGUGACGUUUUUUACCCACAAGCCUUUUCGACAAGCGUGGCGGCCUCUUCACAUUUUUGUUGACCCGAAAUUUCAUCAAAUUUAGCAGAAUGUCGACCCUCCCACUGAACCCUAAGCCGUUCCUGAAUGGCCUGACAGGGAAGCCUGUGAUGGUGAAACUGAAGUGGGGCAUGGAGUACAAGGGUUAUCUGGUGUCAGUGGAUGGAUACAUGAACCUACAGCUGGCCAACACAGAAGAGUACAUAGAUGGAGCUCUAGCAGGGAACCUGGGGGAGGUGCUCAUCAGAUGUAACAACGUCCUGUACAUUCGAGGGGUGGAGGAAGAGGAUGAAGAAGGGGAGAUGAAGGAGUGAUGAUGGGAAGAGGGGGUGUUAAGGGGGUUUUGCCUAUCAUGCAUUCCUUUGAAAUAUGUGUAGUACAAGUAUUGUACAUGGGGACAGUGUAAAGCUUGACUAUGUGCUAUAGGUAUCCUGACAGGAUUUUAUAUUUCCAUUUUUACUUUUCUUUAGGUGUAGAUGUUGUUCAGAUGUUUACUAUACCUGGGAUGUAGUAUGGUAAAGCUACAGUGUACAAUAUACAUCUGUUGAAACAAAGGAUAAAACAAAAUGAAAUUACUUUUCCAGACUUGUCCAUGAUAACUUGAUUUGCAUUGUAUACCAUAAUACGGUGUAUCUGGUAGGAGAAAUUGAUGUAGAACUUGAUGCAUCAUUGAUUUAGAAUGAACAGCCACAAUCAGGCUAUGUAACUAUGAAGAGCAAGGAACAAAUUAUGAAGUUGAAAACAAUGAUAAAUAUUCUUUAAUUUUUAGUAACUUAGAUGAGCAGCUUAUCUUCACAACAUUUCUGAAACUCUUUUGUGAUACCGGUAAUGUCAAACAUACAGUAUGGACUUAACAUUGAUGACUUUUAUUUUUAUGUGGCAAUAAAAGUUUUCAUACAACUA